GUUCAGCUGUAUCAUCCACCAGCAAUAACAUUAUAUUGCAGCAAUGGCAUCCUCCUCCCUUCUACUCGCCUGUGUUGUGGUGGCGGCUAUGGUGUCCGCCGUCUCCUGCGGGCCACCCAAGGUGCCACCGGGCCCCAACAUCACGACAAGCUACGGCGACAAGUGGCUGGAAGCCAAGGCCACCUGGUAUGGUGCGCCCAAGGGUGCUGGCCCCAAGGACAACGGCGGCGCCUGCGGGUACAAGGAUGUCGACAAGGCUCCCUUCCUCGGCAUGAACUCCUGCGGCAACGACCCCAUCUUCAAGGACGGCAAGGGCUGCGGCUCAUGCUUCGAGAUCAAGUGCUCCAAGCCGGAGGCCUGCUCCGACAAGCCCGCCCUUAUCCACGUCACCGACAUGAACGACGAGCCCAUCGCUGCCUACCACUUUGACCUCUCCGGCCUUGCCUUCGGCGCCAUGGCUAAGGAUGGCAAGGACGAAGAGCUCCGUAAGGCCGGCAUCAUCGACACGCAGUUCCGCCGCGUCAAGUGCAAGUAUCCUGCCGACACCAAGAUCACCUUCCACAUCGAGAAGGCCUCCAACCCCAACUACCUUGCGCUGCUAGUCAAGUACGUCGCUGGUGAUGGUGACGUCGUGGAGGUGGAAAUCAAGGAGAAGGGCUCCGAGGAGUGGAAGGCGCUCAAGGAGUCAUGGGGUGCCAUUUGGAGGAUAGACACCCCCAAGCCGCUCAAGGGCCCCUUCUCCGUCCGCGUCACCACCGAGGGUGGCGAGAAGAUCAUCGCCGAGGACGCCAUCCCUGAUGGCUGGAAGGCCGACAGCGUGUACAAGUCCAACGUCCAGGCCAAGUGAGCAUUUUAAGCAAGGAAGAAACCAGCGUACGUACGAUCCGGCGCGGCUGCCUAUAUAUAUAUAUAUAUAUAUAUAUAUAUAUAUAUAUUAUAUACUAUAUAUGUGUUGCUGCAUGCUUGCAUGCAUGCACAUAUAUAUCCAGAGAAAUAUUUUUUAAACGAAAUAAUCUAUAAAUUUCUGAGCUAGGAUUGUGGAGCAUAUACACGCCAGCACUAUAAUGGCGUCUGCUCUCCCAUCGAACUGGCCCUGUGACAAUGGGGUCAUUUGUUUUUGCCCACAAUAUUUUCUGCUAAAUUCAUUCUCUGAUUUUGCGUGAGAUUAUCAUGAGAAGCAGUAACCAUGUUGUGUAUCCUUUUCUUCACGUCAAAUUGCACUGCGCUAUUUAUUUA